AUGUUAUCGCCUCCUUCUUCUUCCCUUCUAUCUCGCGCAGUUGUAUCCCCAUCAACGGAGGAGUCGCCAUACUCAUCCGCCGGGUUGGGACAUGCCAAUAACUAUGCCCCACCCGAACCCCAAGUUCCACCGUACGUAUCUAGGCAAGCACGAACCUGGGGGAGUGCGUCCGUAUCAACACAUGAGGGACCGUGCCAUCGUCUCUGUACUACGAAUCGUUUCGAGGGGAGCCGCCCCUUCAGUGUAGAGCCGGUCCGCCGAGUGCUGCGGAUCUCCAAGGCACGACACCGUCCGGGCCCGUUACCAAGGCCUGGUGAGCCAGUAGAGCCAUUCCUCUUCGUCUGUGGACUCUUUGAGGCUAUGUUCAACACCCUCUGCUGCGUGUUUGGCCAAUGGUGUGAUCAGUGCGGACAAGCUGGUCUUUUCUCAACCAAAUCCUCUCUAUGCCCUCAAGGAGUGCAGUUAGAAGUGACCACCGGCCAAGAGGGGCUUGUCAACGCAUGCCUUUGUUACAGAUGUGCGGUCACUGCGCUUCCGCUCCAGCCAGCAGGUCUGGUGGAUCGUCUGUCUUGGGAACUCAACAUUCGCGCUUGGGCCUGCCUGGAAGCCCGCGCAUACGCAGGAUCUAUCAAGUGCUUGCUCACUUCCCAGGGUAGGGUUCGAAAAAGUCCUCCCAGUGCCUCCCAUUUUGCCCAGUUCACCAAGUGGUGUUUCAACAGCGCUGAGGCUGUGGGGGUAACGGGUUUACGACUCCCUUCGCCUCCUGCGUUCCUACCCAUCACAACAAAUACGUCUGCAAGAGACUCUUCUUCGUCUGCAUGUCUCACUCUCACAACCAACUCUCGUCAGCAACGUCGCCUCACACCAGCCCUUGUCACCCUCCACAGUGCCAUUGACCGGCUAGGCUGCCCAAUUGGUGUUUAUUGGGCAACGGCCGGUUAUCUAAGCCUGCCGGAUUAUACAGCAACCGUGGCUGGAACUGACGUUAUGGGACCGAUGUGCGCAGCUUCCUACUAUCUCUUUAAGCAGUAUCUCUUUAAGCAGUACGUCGGUCGCACCACAGGCCUGCCAGCCUCCUCUGCUAGAAUUUGGUGGAAUCUGGCUACCCAGAGUGAUAGUAUAGGGUGGCUCGAAUGGGGCCUCAAAAGUACGUGGCCACUUUCCGCUGAUCUGGAUUGUGAAGGUGGGCUCGAAUGGAUGGUCUGGCGUGUAUACUCCACUGUCUUGUACGAGUGGUUCAACCGAGGUGGCCGGCGGAGGCAGCUUGUGUGUUCGCCUGGACAGGUCGGAAAAUUUGCCUUCGACUUCACUCGCGCUCUCGACUUUGGUGACACGGACAUCUGCGUUAGCUCCUAUCUUCACAGGUUCAGUCAUGCUCCAUCCGCCCUAACAUGUCAAUGUGAUGCUUGUGAAACUGGCCGCACCUCAGUUGCUGGGAUGUGUGUCUUCACUGGGGGAUAUAGCUACGAGGCGAUCACUCAUCCAGGCCUUUGGGCUAGCGUUGAGCGUCAUGCUAGUCACAUAGUCGAUGCUUCUCCUCUUCAUCUGAAACCUCUUGUUCAGGCGGCUAUCGAUCACACAGCCAGUCGUUUCCGGAUUACGGCCCAGAAACUUCCAUGA